UGAUUUUACUCAAUUAAACGUUACUAGUUUAUUCGUGGCUCCAGCUAUAUUGGGUAUUGGAAUUGGGGUAUCCUGACUGAUUUUGUAUAGUUAUCGAAAAAUUGGCCCUCCUCCGUUGGGUCUGGUUGGGUGGUGCGGUAGCGAUUCGCGAGUCGCGAUUCGAGAGCCAAUGUGCGAAAUGGAGCUCUCUUGACAGUGCCGUGGCGGUUGUGACGUUUCUUCUCGUCGUAGAAAACUUCAUCAUCACAUCCGUCAUUUGGUCAUUUGAGGAGUUAGCUCUAAACAGUUUAUUUUGACAAAUAUCGCGCCCGCGCGCGCUACCUGCUUAACAUCCUUUCAAAUAAGCGACAAGUUUUCCUGCUCAAUUGUAAACGAUGAAUCACCAAUAUAUGCAGCAGCAGCAGCAGCAACCAGGAUAUCAUCCGGGUCCUGGAAAUCCUGUGCAUCCUGGUGCACCGUCGUACCAAACAUCGGCCUCUGACAUUACUCAGAAUGCCUCGAAGCAGGGACCGCCGCCGUCGCUCUUGCAAAAUUAUCCCACCCAAAAGCCAACUCAAGGACCUUUGCCAAUGGCCCAACCGCCUUCUGUACAACCUCCUUACUACAACAAUAAUACACUCGCGGGUAACACCCAAAUGGGAGCGCCACUGCCGCAGCCUCAACCACAUCCUCAGCCCCAGCCACCUCAAAAUUCUGACCGAGCUGCCUUGGCCAAUAGGAUGGCUGAUUUGUCCCUAAUGAAUCAGCAACAACGACCACCUUCCACGCAAAAUUUCCCUCCGCCGCCAACGAGCACUCAGUCAACUGGUAACAACAGUAAUUUUACAUCUGGAGCAGUUCGCCCAAAUGUCAAUGGAUACGACGUUCCCUCAGAUCGCUCACCCCUCGAUUUGACGCGUCACAACGAGACACAUGCAGCAGCAACAGCAGGGCAACCACCACCACCACCGCCGCCAUCCGGCCUCGGUGCUCCACAAAUUCCAGGGCAAGAAUCCAGGGCUCGGCCAUGGACGAAUCAGCAAGGAGUUUCUCAAAUGCCCCAACAACAUCCGAAAGAUAACGUUGGACAAGCUACCAAUAAUCAGCAGCAAUAUCAAACUGGGGGAAUAUAUCCGCCACCGCAGGCACCACCAUCGGCAAACCAAGGACCCUCGAUGCAUCAGUUUGGAGGACAAGUUGGCGGUGCACCUGCAACACAGCCCCCACAGCCAGGAGCAACGAUGCCACAGCAACAGCAGCCACUUCCACCACCGCCUUCCUCAUCGAUGAUGAUGGGAGGGUAUCCAUCAGCUAAUAGUGGCAGUGGACCACAGCGAGGUCCCCCGACAGCUUAUGGGCAACAGCAACAAUCGGUUGGACCGAACAUGCCACCUGGUCCACCCGGACCACCAGGACCACCAGGGCCGCCUAUGCAGAGACAGCAGCAAUACAUAUCCGGUCCACCUAUCACUGGUCAGCAGAUUGGUUCGCCGCCUCUCAAUCGACAGCCUCCUCUCCUUGGCUCACCAGGUUAUCCACCACAGCCGCAACCAAUGCAUCCGGAUCCCUACAUGGGGCAGAGAAAUCCGCCCGUUGGUGGUCCGUAUCAGGGAGGAAUGCAGCAGCAACCGCCGCAGCCUCAGCAACAAGCUAGAAGGCUCGAUCCCGAUCAAAUGCCAAGUCCGAUACAAGUGAUGCAGGAUGAUGAGCGAAGUCGCGGUGGUGUUUUCGUGACGAAUCAGAAAGGCCUGGUGCCACCUCUCGUUACAACGAAAUAUACGGUGCAGGAUCAGGGAAACUCAUCCCCGAGAUUCAUCAGAUCGACCAUGUACACGGUACCUACGACCAACGACAUGAUGAAACAGACGGGCGUACCGUUCGGAUUGAUUCUCAGUCCGAUGGCUCAAGUUGCCGAGGGCGAGUAUGAACCUCCGAUCGUCGAUAUGGGUGAAAUCGGUCCCGUUCGUUGUAUACGAUGCAAAGCAUACAUGAGCCCCUUCAUGCAGUUCAUUGACGCCGGAAGACGCUUUCAGUGCGCUUUUUGUCGGGCCACGAGCCAGGUACCCCAAGAAUAUUUUCAGCACCUCGAUCACACCGGUCAAAGGAUGGAUCUUUACGAAAGGCCUGAACUCGUCCUCGGCACUUACGAGUACACCGCGACAGCUGAUUAUUGCAGGAACAACGUUCUUCCCAAACCUCCCGCCAUCAUAUUCCUUAUCGACGUUUCAUACAACAACGUUAAAUCCGGUCUCGUUGGUCUCGUUUGCGCCGAAAUGAAAAAAAUUAUUGCCAAACUGCCCGUCGACGCGGGCCAGGAACGUACGGGAAUGAAAGUCGGCUUCAUUACUUACAACAACACUGUACAUUUCUACAACGUCAAUGCAUGUCUCACGCAGCCACAAAUGAUGGUCGUCGGUGACGUUCAAGAUGUCUUCAUGCCGCUUCUUGAUGGCUUUCUUUGCGAUCCCCAAGAGAGCGAGGUCGUUAUCGACGCACUAAUGUCUCAAAUCCCAACCAUGUUUGCCGACACUCGAGAAACUGAGACGAUACUCGCACCUGCCAUUCAGGCCGGCCUCGAAGCUCUCAAGGCAUCCGAUCGUGCCGGUAAAUUGAUGGUAUUUCACUCAUCUCUUCCCAUCGCCGAAGCGCCUGGUAAAUUGAAAAACCGAGACGAUCGUAAAGUACUCGGAACGGAAAAGGAAAAAACGGUUCUCGCCCCACAAACGAAUGUGUACAACAAUCUUGGCCAAGAAUGUGUGGCGGCCGGAUGUAGCGUCGAUCUUUUUAUUUUCAACAAUUCAUACGUCGACAUUGCAACAAUUAGCCAAAUUUGUCGAUUGACAGGCGGUGAAGUUUACAAAUAUACAUAUUUUCAGGCCGACACGGACGGUGAGAGGCUUGUAACGGACAUAAUGAACAACAUCAGCCGACCGAUUGCGUUCGACGCGGUAAUGCGAGUUCGUACGUCGACCGGGGUACGAGCCACGGAUUUCUACGGUCACUUUUUCAUGUCAAAUACGACGGACAUGGAAUUGGCGAGCAUAGACUGCAAUAAAGCGGUCGCGAUCGAGAUAAAGCACGACGACAAGUUGACCGACGACGAGGGAGUCUACAUUCAGGCCGCUCUCCUGUACACUUCUUGCGGUGGAGUACGGAGGCUGCGUAUUAUAAAUCUCAGCCUGAGGACUUCCUCUCAAAUGGCAGAGUUGUACAGAGCGUGCGAUCUCGACGCGAUAAUAAAUUUCUUCUCGAAGCAGAGCGUCUCGAAGCUCCUCGAAUCUUCGCCAAAGAGCGUCAAGGACAGUCUCGUAGCGAGAUGCGCAACGAUACUCGCUGCUUACAGAAAACAUUGCGCUUCGCCCUCGAGCGCUGGUCAGCUCAUACUACCGGAGUGCAUGAAAUUGUUGCCGCUCUACGUAAACUGUUUGCUCAAGAGCGACGCUAUAUCCGGUGGUGCGGAUAUGACUAUCGACGAUCGCUCCUACGUUAUGCAGGCAGUUUCGACAAUGCCCCUCUACACCUCGGUCAUUUACUUCUAUCCUCGAUUAUUGCCGCUCCACAGCAUCGAUCAGCAGACUAACAAGCUGCCACAACAGCUCCGAUGUUCUUUCGACAAAUUUAUGGAUGAUGGAGCUUAUCUCCUGGAAAAUGGAAUCCACAUGUUCCUGUGGCUGGGACUCGGUCUCUCCUCCGAGUGGGUGAACCAAGUAUUCGGCGUUAUGCUCGUCGAUACGGAUCGUACUACUCUUCCGAUACUCGAUACUCCUCUGAACAAACGUGUGAGAGAAACGAUCGCCCAAGUGCGGGCUGAGAGGCAUCACUGUAUGAGGUUAACGAUCGUGCGUCAACGGGAAAAACUGGAGAUGGUUCUUCGACAAUUCUUGGUCGAGGAUAGGGGGAACGACGGCAGCCCCAGUUACGUCGAUUUUCUCUGCCACAUGCACAAGGAGAUAAAAACCCUCCUCAGUCAAUAAACACCACGCGACUUAAUCUUCCACGAUAAAUGCCGCGGUUCCGCCCGCCCGCGAUUUCCGUUUUACGGCAAAAGGUCUACGUCGGAUCUCGACGAGCCAAGCGGAACGGGCUAGGGCAGCGUAUAGAAAAACGAAUGGUAAUAGCAUUGCGUAUUAUGUAUAGUUAUUACGGAUGACGGUAAAGAAACGGUAAAAACACAAACAAACAAACAAAAAUACAGAAACUAACAAUUAAGGUGUAUCUGCAACCACAAGGGCGCACGCACGCAAACACACGUACCCGAAGACACACGGGCGUGCGCCAACAUACACAACGAUACAGAAUAUACGCAAAUACUUGUAAACGUAAAAAGAGAGGAAGAAUUAUUGUACCAUUAUAAACAUAUAUUAUUUUACUUAUUUCUUUGUUAUUGCAACGCUCUGUGUUGAGUCAAAUGAUGAAAAACCGACAAAGAAACAUUUACAAGUUACGACGAGAGAUAUAAUGAUUGUACGGAUGGACGAGAAAAGGGGUGGAAAAAAAACGAUGAUUGAGCAAAUAACGAGGUUACAAUUUUUAACAUAAAAAUGUGUAAAAACGAGAAAAUGAGUCUUCGCGUAAACACGUCUUUGCGGGACGGUGAAACAAAUAAAAUAGGAACGUUGGUA